AUGGGCACGAAUUAUAUCAGAAUGAAUACAUUUAUCUGUCUAGCCUCCUGUCUCGUGGUCGCUGUUAGCUCAGCAGGAGUAUAUGGAGGUGGCUCGGGAGGAAUGGGAGGUGGUAUGGGUGGUGGUCCAUUUGGUGGCAUGGGAGGCAUGAACGGAGGAGGCAUGAACGGAGGAGGUAUGGGCGGAAAAGGAGGAAUGGGCGGAAAAGGAGGAAUGGGCGGCGGCGGUAUGGGAGGUGGACCUUUCGGCGGUAUGGGUGGCGGACCCUUCGGUGGAAUGAGCGGCGGAAACGGAGGAAUGGGAGGCGGUAUGGGUGGCGGUCCCUUCGGCGGUAUGGAAGGCGGUCCCUUCAGUGGAAUGGGAGGAAGAAAAGGAGGAAUGGGAGGUGGUAUGGGAGGCGGCCCCUCCGGCGGUAUGGGCGGCGGUCCAUUCGGUAGUAUGGGCGGAAGAAAAGGAGGAAUGGGAGGUGAUAUGGGAGGCGGAACCUCCGGCGGUAUGGGUGGCGGACCCUUCGGUGGAAUGGGCGGAGGAAAAGGAGGAAUGAGAGGUGGUAUGGGAGGCGGUCCCUUCGGAGGAAGUAUGGGAGGCGGACCUUUCAGUGGAAUGGGCGGUGGUAUGGGAGGCGGACCUUUCGGUGGAAUGGGUGGCGGAAAAGGAGGAAUAGGCGGUGGAAUGAGUGGUGGUCCCUUCGGUGAAUUGGGAGGUGGACCUUUCGGCGGAAUGGGUGUUGGAAAAGGAGGAAUGGGCGGUGGUAUGGGAGGAAGCCCCUUUGGUGGAAUUGGCGGUGGAAACGGAGGAAUGGGCAAACCUGCCUUAGAGACCAAUAAUUAUAAGAUCGCACGUUAUUUGGUUUGCACACCAUAUCUCCUCCACAACUCCACAGGGCAGAACAUCGAGAGUGUACACAGAUUCAACGACAUGAAUACCUACAUAUGUUUAGCAGCUCUCUUACUGGUCAGCGUCAACGCUGCAGGGAAGUAUGGCGGAGGUAGUGGUGGAUUUGGCGGCAUGAGUGGAGGAGGAAGUGGAGGAUCUGGUGGAAGCGGAGGAUUUGGGGGAGCCGGUGGAUUCGGUGGAAUGACUGGUGGAGGAAGUGGAGGAUUCGGAAGUACCGGGGGAUUCGGCGGAAGUGCCAGAGUUGUUGGGAAAGGUGGAUUGAGUGGAAGCGGUGGAUUUGGAGGUAUGAGUAGUGGAGGUUUUGGAGGAAGUGGUGGAUUCGGGGGAGCCGGUGGAUUCGGUGGAAUGAGUGGUGGAGGAAGUGGUGGAUUCGGAAGUACCGGGGGCUUCGGCGGAAGUGCCGGAGUUGUUGGGAAAGGUGGAUUGAGUGGAAGCGGUGGAUUUGGAGGUAUGAGUAGUGGAGGUUUUGGAGGAAUGAGUGGUGGAUUCGGGGGAAUGAGUGGUGGUGGCUUCGGCGGAGAUGGUGGAUUCGGUGGCAGUAGUGGAUUCGGAGGAAUGAGCAGUGGAGGUUUCGGAGGAAAAGGUGGACUCGGAGGUAAGGGUAGCGGCGGCUUCGGCGGAAAUGGUGGAUUCGGAGGAAUGAGUGGUGGAGCAGCUGGAGGUAGUAGUGGAUUUGGAGGAAUGAGUGGUGGAGGAGCUGGAGGAAGUGGUGGAUUCGGAGGACAGAGUGGUGGAGGUUUUGGAAGAAAAGGUGGAUUUGGAGGAAUGAGUGGUGGAGCAGCUGGAGGUAGUAGUGGAUUUGGAGGAAUGAGCGGUAGCGGAGCUGGAGGUAGUAGUGGAUUUGGAGGAAUGAGCGGUGGCGGAGCUGGAGGAAGUGGUGGAUUUGGAGGAGUGAGCGCUGGAGGGGCUGGAAAAGGUGGAUCAGGUGGUAAAUACUAAGGAGAGACUACUAUGACAGUUGAUGAAGCAUUGUUGAGACAAAAACAUUGCAAUAAAAUCAUAAAUCUUU